GAAAUGCCGCAGCCUUGAGCUGCACCCCACGUGCAGAUAAAAGGGGUCCCCCAACGCCAGAGAUGCUCUUCCGUUUAUCCUCCUGAUGGUCAGCCAGACCUUCCAAGGAACUAGAAGCAUCCCUGAUGCAUCCGGCCCCACAGCCCUGAACCCCAUAGAACAAGCCCAUGGACUGCAUCGCAACAGAAUCUCCUGUUGCCGUGUCACAGGAGGGUAGCCAAGGCGAUGGGCAACAAUGGAGAACCUGAGAUGAAGCAACGCUGCCACAAAGGAGCCCCCAGAAGCUCUCAGCCAGAGGAGGAGAAAGGAAGCUGGUGGGGGGUGGUGGGGAAACAUGAUUAAUCUGUGCAGAGAUGUCCAGGAAUGCACCAUCCCCAGCUGGAAGGUGGAGCCAAAGUACUCAACCAAAGUGCUCAUUGGAAACUGGGGAGAGGAGAGGAGAAGGUUUGUCUGCGAUAACGAGGGGACCAGUCAAAGCACCUUCAAACAAGAUUUUAUUCCUUUCCCCACCGGGACCCCAGACCGAACUGUGAUGCGGAGGCUUAUGAAGCGGCUGGAAGGCCUGCCACGGAAGUAUAUCUUGACCCACUGUGAAGAGGCCAGGCAUCGGCACCUGGUCACGCAGUAUGACGAUCAAUACAACAGGCACGGCCACAACCCACAGCUGCCUCCACUCCGCAAAUGGGACAGGCACAAACUGGCAUGGACGCCAGAGAAAUCAGACUACCCCCUGGUUGAGCCCCCCACCAGCUACGGACUUUUGGAGCACCUGAUGGACACCUGGCACCGUAAAGAGCCGGAAGGGGCCAAGAGCGUCUACCACAGCUCCUACCCCAAGCCUCCCGCCUCGGCAUACGCCCAUCGCCAGCGGCCGGACACCAAGCGCAUCCUGGAGCAGAGCCGCCAGCAGUGGCUGCCCAGAAGCCUGGAUGCCCCUGCCUGAGAAGGGCAGAAGCCUCCCGGGGGUGGGGAGCAGGGAAUCGGUUUGUCCAGCCAGGCGGCUGAGGGCCUUCUCUGAGGCGAAGCUCCCGCUUCUGGCAGGAAUAAGGAGAGCCAGAAGCUUUACACGGUGAGGGAACUGGAGCCAUAAACCACAAACCGAAGCCGUGUUGCCUUUGGGCCUUGAACUGCCUCGGCACAGCUUUUCCCCCAGCUGCCCACAGGCAGAGGAAGAGAGGAGGAGGAGUUUAAACAACUGGCCGGCAUAUCCUGCUCCAGCUGUGGAUUUCAUGCCUUCCUAGAGCUCAACCACAAUUCCAGGGACAUAGAAAACGGAGGGGAGCUUGAGGCGGGGGACACCCCCCCCCCCCAGAACAGGUUCAGGGAGUUUAGAGGCCACGUGGCACCGAGCUCUCGCUCUCCUUCCUUGGCACCUGGGCCCAAUAAAGCUGCUGGAGGCACCUGGGAGACUACAAGUUUCUCCUUCCGGGAUGGGGGGGGGGGGGGAGGACGGACACCCAGCGGUUGGAUUAGGACAGAAAGGAAGGGCUGCCCCAUGUGGGAGAAGGCUGAUGCUGGACAUAUUUUCCAUUGGUUGGGAGAGGGGGGACAGGGCAAGGAAAAAUAAAUAGGCGGAACAAAGAC